GCGACUCCACAGGUGAAAUGUAGGAGUAGAGAAGCUUCACUUACACCUGCACUGAACCCAAGGCCUGAAACGAUGAGGACGCUGUCGCCUUUAACUCUCUUCAUAUCUUCAUGCGACAUCAAUCCGUGCGAGAAUGGAGGAGCGUGUUCAGUUGAAAACAGCGCAAUUGUCUGCAAAUGUACAUCUGGCCACGGGGGAGACAGAUGUGAACUCGCUUCAUGCGACAUCAAUCCGUGCGAGAAUGGAGGAGCGUGUUCAGUUGAAAACAGCGCAAUUGUCUGCAAAUGUACAUCUGGCCACGGUGGAGACAGAUGUGAACUCGCCUCUGGUGCUGCUACCAUAUCGGGGCACUUCCUUCUGCUCACAGUUGUUGCUGUCCUCGCAAAGCUGAACCUAAACUGAAUACAACGGGACCGGAACAAGACCAUACUGUCUGUUAGAUGUGUAAAAUUUGCCAACAAGAGUUGGAAGAAGUAGAUACAGAUUGUAUUGAAUGUAAUGAUUGAUUAAUUGUGUUAAUUAGACACGUGCUAAAUGUUGUCACAGUAAUAUACUCCACCAUUUUGAACAGUAGACCAAGUGUACAGAAAGUACUGAUGGUUUUCCUGAUGACAUUUACGACAAGUAUUAUCCUGAUCAGAAAUUUGAACAGCGGAUAAAGGGAACAUAUUUGCGAAAAAGAACCCAAGCAGUAUAUCUAGAAAAGAACAAGUCACUGUGUGUUAUUCAGGCCUGCAUUUCAGGGCUAUUUCGUAUUUUGUCUGUUUCAUUACAAUGAAAUUACCUCACUGUAGAUAAGAAGACAAAAUUCAUCCCUGGUUACUUUUAGGCCAUUGAUGACAUGUUACUGAUGACGUGGAACUCUCCCCCAGUGACCACCGACACAGAGUAAAUGUUAUCUACUUCUUACCUACUGUGACAGUGAGCGAUUAUUACCAAAGGGUGUUAUUCUAUUAUUGUGUAUAUGAUGAUGAAUAAUGACUGAUUUACUUAUUAAUGAAUAAAACAUGCAUGCCAGUGACAGUGAGCGAUUGUUACCUACCAACCCAAAGUGUGUUCUUUUAUUUUGUAUAUGAUGAAUAGAGAGUGAU